CCGACUUACCAUUCGAGCGAGUCUUUUCUUGAAUAUCAAAGUGACAGACCAACUUGUUUAUCUUGCUACAUCUCUUUUGCCUUCGUUUUCUUCUAUCAAGGCUUAUUACACACAAACCAUCCUGGAUUUUGUAGCCUUGUUAUAGUAUAUAUACACUUUUUCUUUGCAUCUGCUAAGAAACCGCUUGAUGCCAGCUUGAAGCGGACGUACAAAUAUCCCCUGGUUCCUUUUAACCCCAGUUGGGCUACAUCUUUUUUUUUUUAUGCUAAAGUUCAAACAGAUCGUGGCUGAACAGCUCUCGAGGCAGACCUCGGUUCAACCUGCCAAGAUUCUUCAAAGUCUGGUGAUUCCCAAUAAAAAGAAGCAAGGAGAUCUAUCCAUUUCAAUAUUUGAUGUUGAUCCUCAAUUAAGAACAUUAAAACCAGAUCCUCAACUUAUUUCUACACGAGCACAAUCUAUUGUCAAUCAGUUUGAACCCAAUCAGUUUAUUGAACAAGCCAUAGUAGAAGCACCCAAGAUUGCAUUUAAAUUCAAUAGUACCGAAUUCACCAAGGAAGUUUUGAACCAGGUGUUUAAUGAAGGUACAUCCUAUGGAUGGGCACAUAACCCCAAGGCAAACAAAACAGUCGUCCUAGACUAUAGUUCACCCAAUAUUGCCAAAAAGUUUCAUGUCGGUCAUUUACGAAGCACGAUUCUUGGCAAUUAUGUAAAACGUAUCCAUCAGGCAUUUGGAUACAAGGUCAUUGGCAUCAAUUACUUGGGAGAUUGGGGGAAACAGUAUGGCUUAUUAGCUGUAGGAUAUGAAAAGUAUGGAGAUGAAACACAAUUAAACAAGGAUCCGAUUCGACACUUGUAUGAUAUUUAUGUAAAGAUUAAUGCAGACGCAAAAGAUGACCCGGAUGUGGAUGUACAGGCCAAUCAGUACUUUAAGCGCAUGGAAGAAGGCGACCCUCAAGCACUUGCUCAAUGGAAACGGUUUAGAGAUUUGAGCAUCCAGUCCUAUGAGGCGCUUUACAAGCGACUAGAUGUCACAUUCGAUGUAUAUGCUGGAGAGUCGGAAGCAAAGGACUAUAUUUCCAAAGUAUACAACCUAUUGGAACAGAAAAACUUGAUUACCGAAACAUCCGAUGGCGCCCAGCUUGUCGACUUGACUCCUCACGGUCUGGAUAAGACACCUGUUCGACGAGCUGAUGGAACUUCACUUUACCUCACACGUGAUCUAGCUACUUUACUGAGGCGAAAGGAGAAAUACAACUUUGAUAAAGCCAUUUAUGUCGUCGGCAAGGACCAAGAGUACUACUUUAAGCAAGUAUUCCAGACAGCCAACUUGAUGCUGCCUGAACCUGUCGAACUGCAGCAUGUCAGCUUUGGACACGUAAAGGGCAUGUCUACACGUCGUGGCGAAGUCGUCUUUUUGGAAGACCUCUUGAAUGAAGCACAGAGAAGGAACGUGGAAUACAUGCAAAACAGUGAAAACUGCAAAGUGGAUAACGCAGAAUUGGACUACACGGCUGACAUCUUGGGCACAUCGGCCAUCAUGAUUCAGGACAUGAAAACAAAGAGAGCACUCGGAUAUGACUUUUCAUGGGACAAAAUGCUUAACCCAGAUGGAAAGACAGGUGUUCGUAUCCAAUUUGCUCAUGCCAAAGCUUGUGGUAUUGAACGAAGAGCUGGUGUGCCCAUCUCGCUCGAUUGCGAUUUCACUCUACUCAAGGAGGAAGCAGCUCUUCAUUUGGUACAUAUGAUUGCUCAGUUUCCAGAGAUUGUUGAUCAAUCGUUUAAACGCCUGGAGCCCUCGAUUAUUACGUCUUACCUAUUUGACCUGAUGACAGCGACCAAUGGUGCCUAUAAGUGGCUACAGGUCAUACGACAGAGUCCAGAAGUAUCUAGGGUCAGGAUGCUUCUUUUUUGGUCUGCGCGAACCACGCUCAGAAACGGUAUGUAUCUUUUAGGUAUCAAUAGAAUCCUAGAAAAGAUGUAAAUGUAAAUAAACCAUCCUUCUUACCUGCAUA